GUCACACUGGCGACUAUGCAACUAGAAAUGCCGGUGAAAAUAGAUAACAAACAGACUGCGCUGAGGGAAAGUACUUAAGUUAAGUUACAAAUUUGAAGUAGGCGACAGCACAAAAAUGAACGCACUUCGUCACACGAUAUCCCUUGUGUCGCUGGGCACCUUCCAACUGGUCCGCCGAACCAGAGGCCAGCAUGUCCAGGGCUUUCUUCUCGGCACCGGACUGGGCCUGGCCAGUUUUUCGGCGGUCACGUACGCACACUCCGCAGAGGCGGUCAACCCAAAGGUCAAGGGGGUUCAGCUGAACACCUCGCGGUUCAUGGCCGAACCCAUUACGGACUCCAAGGAGCUGCUUGGGGACAAGGAUAACAUGCGGCACCGCAUGGAGCUGCUGAUCAUGGAGAUCCAGGCGGAGUUCUGCCGCGCCCUGGAGGCGGAAGAGAACUGUGGUCAGAAAUUCAAAGUGGACCGCUGGGAGCGGGCGGAGGGUGGUGGCGGCAUAACGUGCGUCCUACAGGAUGGCGACGUCUUCGAGAAGGCGGGUGUUAAUAUAUCCGUGGUCACCGGAUCCCUACCACCGGCUGCAGUGCAGCAGAUGCGGGCACGUGGAAAGAACCUGAAAGAGGGCGCCGCCCUGCCAUUCUUUGCCAGCGGCGUGAGUGCCGUGAUCCAUCCGCGGAAUCCCCAUGUGCCCACCAUUCACUUCAACUACCGCUACUUCGAGGUGGAGACCGCCAAGGGGGAGAAGCAGUGGUGGUUUGGCGGCGGUACGGACCUGACGCCGUAUUACCUCUGCGAGAAGGACGCCUGCCACUUCCACCAGACCCUGAAGUCCGCCUGCGACAAGCACGACGCCACCUACUAUCCGCGCUUCAAGAAGUGGUGCGAUGACUACUUCCGCAUCAAGCACCGCAACGAGAGUCGCGGCAUAGGAGGCAUCUUCUUCGACGACAUCGACUCGCCCAACCAGGAGGCGGCAUUCGGCUUUGUGGCCAGCUGCGCCCGGGCCGUGAUCCCAUCCUACAUGCCGCUGGUGCGGGAGCACAAGAACCAGGAGUAUGGAAACAACGAGCGCCAGUGGCAACUGCUGCGCCGGGGACGCUACGUGGAGUUCAACCUGAUCUACGAUCGAGGCACCAAGUUCGGACUAUAUACGCCCGGUGCCCGAUACGAGAGCAUACUGAUGUCACUGCCCCUGCACGCCCGCUGGGAAUACAUGCACGAGCCCAAGUCAAAGUCCGAGGAGGGCAAGUUGAUGAAGGUCCUGAAGAACCCCAAGGAAUGGGUGUAAGCCUGGCGGCGGUUUUAAUUAUUGUUAAGCGGGAAUUGGUGCCUUCACUGUGUGUACAUACAUAUUUAAACAUGACAUUCUUAACUUUUGACUCCUAAUAAAGAAAUGUAGCUUAUACCUAUCACCCUACUGAACAAAUUGGCGAUUGUAAAUAAAUUAUGAGACCUUUAAAUAAAGUAAAAAUUAUUAUGUUUUAAAA